AUGCACCCGAUCAACGUGCUGGCGGUGGCGAGGACGGUGGUAGCGGUGGCUGGGGGAGGGAGAGGGAUGGCGAGCGUCAUCGCUGGAUCAGAUGACAUCUCACUGGAGUCGCCAUGGUGGUACAUCUACGCCGGAAUAUCCUGCUUUCUCGUCCUCUUCGCCGGGCUCAUGUCAGGUCUCACACUUGGGCUCAUGUCCCUCGGGCUCGUGGACCUCGAAGUGCUCCAUCAAGGGGGGACACCCACAGAGAAGAAACAAGCUGGUAGGUUAGAAUGGGUUUUGAGAAUUGUUGAUUAAUCAUGUGCCUGAGGUCUUCAUGCUUCUAGCUUCUAAAGGCAAGGCGUUCGAGUGGCAGUGAAAUAAUUUCGCUGAUGAUUUUUUAUUCUCCGCGAUACCACGUUUCAUUCUUCUUUUGCUGUGUAGUUGCUUGAAAAGGGGAUGCUUGAUUUUCUUUUUUUUCUGUUUCUUGGUUCUCCAUGAACAUGCAAAUUCAUAUUCACUAGAAAGGAAGAAUUUUUUUGCAGUUGCAUGUCGGGCCCUCCAUCCAUGACUGAAGUAUACACUAGUAUAGUUACUCCUAAGGUUCACAUCAACCAGACGAGGAUCCUAGUUGCAUUCCCUGUUAUGGAUAGUUACUCCUAAGAUUCACAUCUUUUGCGUCUCUUUCAUGCAGGAGCUAUUUGACUCAAAUUUAUUUAAUGGGAAAUAGAUAAGGGAAGAGGAACCCUUUGAAAUCAUUGGUGUGUCUGCAUAUAUUCCCCUCCUUCCAAAUAAGGUUUUGCAUAUCCUUUCUUAUUAUGACCAAGCAGGCAUCAGACCUGUCGGUAAAUGAAUAGUUCGUAGUUUGACCUCUGCUAUAUUGUAGGCUGGUCAAAUUUUUGUGUGUCCGUGAUGAAACAGUGAAAACGUAGUUUGUGAAUGCCCCACAUAAUGUGUCCAUCAUCUUCUGGGAUAAUGACUAGAAAGAAGCAUCUUUUCAGACACCAUAGUCCAAUGAGUCGGAGGUUCAAUGAUGAUGCAUGUAAUAUUUGCCUUUGAGUUUCUAAGAAAGGUUGUCUUUUGGAAACUGAACAAGUCUUUCUUUCAUGAUAUGUUUAGGCUACAUCUUUUCUAUGAGCUUAAACGACCUAAAAGCUAGAAAAUAUUAUUUUUCCAUGAUGGUAUAAAUAAAAUAUAUAAAUUAAUAAUUGAGUCAUUAUGGAUUCCAAAGGGAAGGAGAACAUUUUCUAAAUUGACUAAAAAGCUUUUUUUAUCUAUUCCACGUGACCUUAAUCCGGAUCCCACGAGUGAAUAUAAAGUUGGAUCUACAUUGGAUCUUACCUGAAUCGCCCCAUCUAUCCUCCUGAGGAUAAGUUUGCUUUAGCUGGCCGAUCUUAUCAAUCCUGUCAUGGGUGAGCCUCUAUAGGGAGGUUCUGUUCCUUAGGUCUUUGUACAAGCCAAUAGAUGGAGUGCAGGUGGUCACGCUUCACUUACCUCGAAGAGUUGUCAGUUAGCUUGCUGAUGUAAAGAUGAAGCUGUCUUUCUUUGAAUCGACAAUAGUUUUUGUAAAGUGAUUUUCUAGCAGAGAAUGCAUUGCAGGAGCCUUACAUGAGAUUGUUAUUUAACCUUUUAUUUUUCUUCUUUGAAAAUAUGUGUUGCUUGUCUCUUAGGAACUUGCUGUGUUACAUUUUGCAGCCACUAUACUUCCUGUUGUGCAAAAGCAACAUCAACUUCUCGUGACUUUGCUCCUUUGUAAUGCAGCAGCAAUGGAGGUAAGUAUACUAGUGUAUUUUAAUUCAAGUUUUUUAAUUAUCUGCAUAUAGAUUUAUAUGAUAGAUACGUGCAUUAUCAUUUUGUAGUAGACCUCCCUCUAAAUAUAUUAAACUAUAGGAUGAAUGCACCUGUUCUGAAGGACAAUUUAUCCUUUUGCAGCGUUUAAUUCAACAUGAAAUAGCUCUCUCUCAAUUUCGUAGCAACUAACAGGAAAAUACACUUAGUUGGCUUUUCAUUAGCUCAUUUUUGAUCCCUUUGUAAGCAGCAACAUAGGCCUCACAAAUAAUGUAUCUUAAAUGUAGCCCCAGCGUAUUAUACCAUGUUCACUAUCAUUCUCCCCCUAUACCUUUGAUCAUUAAUUUUGAAGUCAGUGGAAUCUUAAUCCUCUUUCUUGAUCCAGUUUUCUUCACACUCAAUUUUCAAAACAUCUGAUGGUAAAUGUAGCAUCAUCCAUCAUACUUAGUGCUUAUGACGUCUAAUGGCUGCUGAAGUGAUAACACAACUUGCACCUGCAGCAAUGCGAUUGUGUGAGUGUUUUUUUCCUUAUUUUUUGCUCUGAACUUUUUUAUCCUACACCCUUUCAAAGUUCAUUUAGCACUUUAACAGCAGGUCUGGUGAUUUUUUCCGCUCAAUUACUUUUUAAGGAUGAUUUCCGGUAUAUUAUAGACGAACAACUUUACUGCUACUUACCUUAUCUUUUUGUUAUUUUGAUUCUUUCAAUUUUAACUGCUGAUGCAUGGUUUACUUGCAGGCACUUCCUAUUUUUCUUGAUAAAUUAUUUCAUCCAUUUUUAGCGGUUGUAUUGUCUGUAACUUUUGUUCUUGCUUUUGGAGAGGUAUGUGUUUUUUCCUAGAAUCAUCUAUAUUCAAGUAUCUGAAAUACGAUAUCAUCCUUUGUAUAGGAGACAUAUGAAUUAUGCUGAUUGUCUCUCCCAGGUGAUUCCACAAGCAAUAUGUUCGCGAUAUGGACUCACGGUUGGUGCCAGUUGUGCUUGGGUUGUGCGUAUUCUGAUGGUAGUUUGCUAUCCAAUAGCUUUUCCUAUUGGGAAGGUAAAUUUUCUCUCCAGCAGUUUGAAAUCCCUAAUUUUGAGGUACUUGGACAUUCUUGUUCUUUUUUUCUGAUCAAUGUCACCAACUUUUUACUCUAUGGUCGUCAUAUUCCCAUUGUUAAUAAGUAGUCUUCUGAUGGCUAUUACUGAAAUUUUCUGUAGUCUGCCUAUAUUCAUCUGAUGUAAAUUAAGGCUUCUAAGAAUAUGUUUCUUUGGUCUAAUAUUUUGCCCUUUCUUACGGCAUCAAAUUCAAUGGAAGUCUCGCACACACUCUAAAACAUUUUCUUUUCUAUUUUAAAUGUAAAGAAUUAUUAUCUUUUACAUUUUUAGUUUCAUAAGGACUUGCUGUUUAUUCUAAAAUUGUUCUAAGAGAUGUCAAAAUGAUAGGAUUCGAUAGUUGUAAGGAUGUGUAUAUUUUCAGGUGUAUAUUUUUGUGGUAUAAUUUGGAUAAUGCCUCAUGAAUAUUUUAAAUGCUUAUUAUAGUGAGGAUAUAUGCCUAUGGAACUCUGUUAUAUGUUUAAGGCUAUCGAUAUCUAUAGUAGGCAUGCCUGCUUGAGGAUAUAAGUCAAAACUAGGUACAUAACAUGAAUAUCCUCUUUCCUUGUGCAUCCAUAGAUGUUGACGAGUAAGUUACAUUUUGUGGAUCAAUUGAUGAAUAAAUAUGCCGGGGAUAUUAAAUUAAGAAAUUUUUACAAUUAUGUAAGCGGAUUUUUCAUGAGACUCUAAACUUUACCGCUAAAGAAGUGCUACAUUUAAAACUCGGAGUAGAAUGGCAUAAACAGCUAUGUUUAAAGUAUGUGACAUAAGCAGACGUAAUCCAUUUGUUAAGAUCACUUAAAAAUUACUGAACAAAUCCAUCAUUCCAGGAAAAUUCGUCUGUCCCUGGAAUAUUUUUUAAAACCACUUACAUCUUUGGACGUGUUGUAAAGCAUUCCACUUAUGUCCCUGCAGAGGUUCAGAGACAAGAUUGUUAUAAAUUCCGUCCUUUUAGUUAAUAAACAGUAGAUUCACUUCCUAUUCACAAAAUAUAGCCUCUUUUUCUCAAUUUUUAUUUAAAAUAUAACCUCUAUUCCUAUUCCUAAGGAAUACUAGAAAAACAAAAAGAAAUGCCAAAAGGUGCGGGACGUUAAUUUAUUUCCUGAUUCGUGAUUGACAUCAGCCACAUCUGAGUCCGAAGUCACAAAAUCAGGAAGUUAUGUCGAAUCUUUAGAGGAAAGAAAAGAAAAGAAUUGACCCAGAAUCAGGCGGAUUCUAAAUUAUCAAAGAAAAGAAUGGACAUGGAAGCACGCAUUGGAAUCUUGCGUUCUUAUUUAAUGUUCAAGAGGAAAAUCCUGAUCCUCCAUGAAAGUAAAAGAAAAAAAUAAAUCCAUCAGCUUGAAAUCAAAUGGCGUGGCAUUGAUUGAACAUAUUCUCACCGGCUUGCUUGGCUAGUUCUUGCUUCUUGAGAGGCUAGUUCAGUCUUUCCUGCAGUAGGGAGCGGAAAAAGAAAAGAGGACAGUAGAAGAGGAAAAGAAAUAUAAAAUAUCACAGUGACAGGAGAUUUGGUUCUCUUCUCUCGUUUAACCAAUAUGGUCAAUCUAAUUCAAUUUUAAUGGGAUUGGACUGUGGCAAUCUGUGAACUCUAACCGAUUCUCUGACCUUGAUCCACUGCAUGCCUGUAAAUGAUAGCUUUCGAGAAGUCAAUCUUAGCAUAAUGUGAUGAGUUCUGCCCCUUCAAAACACGAGCUUUGGUCCAUGUCUUGAAACUGAAAUUUUUGAUGGGUUUCAAAGAGUCAAUUUCAGAAAGAAGUUUCAGUAAGCACCGAUGCUGUCAUUCCUAUACAAUAUUCAUGAGUUAGUAGCUUUGAUUUUGGUUGCUCUUUGCCUGCACAUUCUAAAUUAGUAUCCGUACAAAAUGUUUCAUCUAUCUCUGUAGAUACUGUCUACUCUAGCUCGCUCUUCUAAUUUUAUCUAAUUUCUUCAAUGUUGUAGUAUAGUUUAGUCCAGUUAUUUCAUACUCAUUCCUGACGUGGUUUCAGAUUCUAGACUGUGUACUUGGGCACAACCAAUCUGCCCUGUUCAGGCGAGCACAGUUAAAGGUCUUGGUCUCUUUCCACAGCAAAGAGGUACUUCAAAUUUAAAAUUUUAUUGUUAAUGACCUUGUAGAUUUUGUUAGGUUUUUCAUCUUGAGAUAUAUGCUCCGUGCGCAGAAAAUCUCCUAAUAUCUUUGAAUCCAUCAUUUUAGGCUGGUAAAGGUGGGGAACUUACUCACGAUGAAACAACAAUAAUCAGCGGAGCUUUGGACUUGACUGAAAAGGUUUCUUGGUGAAUUGGUGGACGAGAAAAAAUUAUGAUUUCGUUUUCUGACAACUUGGUUUAUUUUUUCUACGAUAGAAGUUCUGGAUUCAUGUUCUGAGACACGUUAGAGGUUAGGGUAUUUUAGAUGGUCUGAUAUAUACUGCUGAAAAUAACCUGGUUUUUCUUAACCUCAAGUUCAUAACAAUAUGUCGUUCGUGCUUGAGUUUUCUACAUGCUUCGUUGUUGAGUACAUGGACAUAUCAUCAUUACACAGUUGUAGGAGCUUCGAACCCAUUUCACUUAAUCAGGUCUCAAUCGAUGAAUUUUUUAAUAGUCCAAAACAAAGCUCAUGAAAGUUUAUGUUGACUAUCUUCCUCAUGUCGCUAGAAUGAAUAACCUUUUGUAUUCAGUUAUAAUGUUCAUUUCACAUCUCAUAACAUAAGAAACAGACCACAAAAUUCAAGGACCACCUCUCCCAGAACAAUAACAUAGCUGCCCUUCCUGUGUGGACUUCAAGGACCAGCUUUUAAUUAUCCUUGUCCGUUGGGGCUAUGCAAGACCUUCCUGACUCCCUUGUUUUUUAAAUUCCUCAAUACUCCUCGCGGAUCAUUUUGGUCUCUCCUCCUGGCAGACUCCACAUUGAAUCUUUUUCGUGGAGAAGUCCUUCGGUUUAGUUAAUUUCUUAACUUAUCAGAAGCCAAUCUGUUUACACUUACCUAAAGUGCAAGUGUUGGCUCCCCCCCAAAAGGGCCAGAUUACCUUUGUUUUAAAAUGCAUCCAUCGACUGAAGACUGAGUGAUGAAAUCAGGACAGUGCCAUUCUGGUUGCAAAAUUCCAAGUUGGUAGCAUAUUAUUUGGUUUUCCUGGGAUGGUAGUCUUUUGAUUCAACAAACGAAUAGCCGUUGGUGAAAGUCCUAGUCUCUCCAGGGCAAGAAAAUCUCUAGGAAUGUCAAUGUCCUCUGAAAUAACGUUCUCCUCCUUGAUCUGACAUCAAACUUCUGUCAUAAGUUCAGUUGAGACGACCACAAACAAAGCCUUUAUAUGCUAACCUGAUGACUGGAUCUGUUUACAUGUUAUCUCAUUUUCAACCUGCAAUAUAAUUGUUGCAUUACAAUAAUGAUGUGGUUGUUAACCUACAUUAUCUUAGCUUUGGUGGAUGCAAAGGGACCUGUAAGUGUUCUAAAAUAAAAGGGAAUAGAUGAACUUUUACCUUUCGAAUCCUAUGAAUUUGUGUGCAGUGAGGAUAACUUCUAGAUCUGGGAUUAGUGGAGUAUUAUUGUCUGCCUUUGCGUGAUAGAUUGCAUAGUCAUUUUGAGCGUAACAGGGUUUGAAUGGGGGCUGGUCUGGAAGCGGAUACUAACCAUGACUUCUGCAGGGCUCUGGUUUUUUAUGUUGCAUUUCUUAGAUCAAUAUGUAGAAAAAUUCAUUUAAACCGUCUUGCAUUUGUUGAACAUAAAUGCAAUUUUGAUAACGUGUGUGUGUGUGGGUGUUAGUAUUAUCACGUGGAAAAUAAUCUGGUUCUGUGACGAUUUCAAAUGUAAAAUACAAUAAACUGUUGGUUCAUUUACUGAGGAUUCUUCAACAGUUCCCAUUUUGGAGGGUCCUCUUAUCGAUGCUUUCUACCUUAUUAUGCAGACACCGGCCACUAAAUUUUGAGCAUUGGCCUAUUUGCCUCGAUUCUGCUUAUUAUUUCACAAUAUUACUGACAAGUGGGCUUUAUGCCAUUUUUUUUGCAUUUUACUUCACUUCAAAUUGGAGAUGCAUUCUGAUUGGAGUGGUUGCCUUUCUCCAGACAGCUGAAGAAGCCAUGACACCAAUUGAAUCAACAUUUUCAUUAGAUGUCGAUUCAAAGUUGGACUGGUGAGGAUUCUUCCGUGCUUGAAAUUAUAAUGUGUUAAUUCUAUCAUAUGUCCCACCUAAACAAAAAAUAAUUUUUUGUUUUUGCUAAGAAUUUUGUCGAUACAUGCUUCAGUCAGUGGUGCCCAUUUUUACACAACCUAUUUCCAGUUAUUUCCUGAUUCCCUAUCACGAGACUCUGUGCUGUUCUUAAUCUCUUGCCAGUCUAACAAUAAUGGUUGAUGCAUAGUUAGACUCUUGGAGUCGCCAAACGUUUCUAUCAUUUUUAUUGAAUUGGCUAACUUGUCACCCCAAUUUUGUUCUAUUCAGGGAAGCUAUUGGGAAGAUACUUGCUCGGGGACACAGUAGGGUCCCGGUUUACUCUGGGAGCCCAAAGAAUAUCAUCGGCCUUCUCCUGGUUGGUGCAUGACGCCUCAUCUGUGUUCAACUUAUGUGCAUGAAGGCCUUCUUCUGACAUGUUAAUCUCCUCUUUAAUGCAAAUGGUGGGAACAAGGUCAAGAGUCUUCUGACAGUCCGUGCCGAGACGGAGACACCAGUGAGCGCAGUCUCCAUUCGAAGAAUCCCAAGGUUCUCAUAUUUGGCCCCAUUCUUUUCUUAGGACAUCUCUCCACACAUAUCGCUCUCAUCGCUGGGAUGUUGGCAGGGUCCCAGCCGACAUGCCCCUGUAUGAUAUACUGAAUGAAUUCCAGAAGGGGAGCAGCCACAUGGCCGCCGUGGUGAAGUCCAGAGGGAAGAUCAAGACGCCUGCACCCACCUACUUUGAUGGCUCGGAAGAAGUUAAAGAGGCCGAUGGGGACUCCAAGACCCCUCUCCUCUCUAAACUUGCAGAAAUCGCUGGGAACGCUGUGAUUGACAUUGAGAAAGGCCAGGAUAAUGAAAUCGCUGUCCUCAAACCAUCCAUGCACCCGAACGAUGCGGUGGCAGUUGCAGCUGCCACUGCCACCAUUCAAGAAGACAUUGAAGAUGGCGAGGUGAUCGGCAUCAUCACGCUGGAGGAUGUAUUCGAAGAGCUUUUGCAGGUAAACCCCACGCUUCUCAGGUAUACUGUCGUACGCUUAUUUUUUAGUCCUUUAGUCUAAUUACUCAUGUUUAAUGUAUGAUUCUAUGCAAGAAAAACUACUAUCCCUCUCUCUCUCUCUCUCUCUCUCUCUCUCUCCCUCUCCCUCUCACUAGUUGGAGGGAGACAAGCUUGAUGAGGGGGAUAGAUAAGUUUAAUCUUUUUUGCAUAAAAUCAUGUUGAAAUGUAAUCAAUUGGAUCAAGUGAAUGAAAAAUCAGAGUAUGAGAAUUUAUGGAGGGCCCGUCAAUAAUUCAGCUGAUCUGUGGAGAGUAAAAAGUAAACAGCUCUUCCUCUUUUUUCAUGUAUUUGAUCAGUUGCUGUGCUCGCUGACCAUGUAUCUUCACUGCAGGAGGAGAUUGUGGAUGAGACCGAUGAGUAUGUGGACGUCCACAAGAGGUACCAGUAGAUUGCGAUCCCCCCGCGAGCUGCUUCCCACCAUACAGUUUCAUUUACAGCAUGAAAUCUCUUCUGGAUUGCAGGAUUCGCGUCGCUGCGGCUGCGGCUGCAUCGUCGGUUGCUCGGGCGCCUUCGACCCGCAGACUAACCAGCCAGAAGGCGGCGGUGCGUUGCUCCUCCUUCCUUCUUGUUGUCUUCUCUGCUCUUUCUGCCCUUCAUCCUUAUUGUUCUUCCUUUUCGAUCCAGGGGAGCCAAAAUCGGCAAGGUCAGCAGCCCAUCUUGGCCAUGAAGAAACCUUCUGAGAGGGAUCCGAGCUCGGCCAGAGGUCACGUGAGUCUCACGGAGCCCCUUCUUGAAAGCAAGAAGUGA